GAGUGAAGAGCUCAUCGAAGAUGGUCUAAACGUCAAUGAAACACCUGAUGCUUUCGAGUUACAUAAGUGAGAGCAACAACGAUACAGACGCAAUCAGAAGAAGACGAAGAAGGUUUCGAGCAUUGACAAGUCAUGCGGAUUCUUGCUGCUCACCUAGCUAAUCAUUUUCGCAGAGGAAGAAACGCGUAUCAUCCUCGAUCUCGGAAUUAUUCCUCGGUGAACAAGAAAGAUGACCUUACAUUGGAGGAAGAAGCUGAGAGGAAAAUAGGCUGGUGUCUCAAAAUUUUCUUUGCUGGGACAGCCACGUAUAUUGGAUACCAGUUUUUCCCUUACUUGGGUGAUAACUUGAUUCAGCAAUCCAUAUCGCUUUUACAUGUGAAGGAUCCCUUGUUUAAGAGAAUGGGAGCUUCUAGGCUUUCCCGUUUCGCCAUUGAUGAUGAAAGGAGAAUGAAGGUUGUAGAGAUGGGUGGGGCUCAAGAGCUUCUACAUAUGUUGGGAAGUGCUAAAGAUGACAAGACAAGGAAAGAAGCUCUCAAGGCGCUUGCUGCUCUCUCUAAAUCAGAUGAAGCUGCCAAGUUCCUGGACUCUAAUGGAGCACUCUCUAUUGUCAAAUCGACUCCAGAUUCCUUGGAAGAUUCAGACAUUUCAACAUACAAGUCAAACAUACUUGAGAAGCUAGAUGAUAAAAACCUCACUGUGUCUCCCAAGUAAGAUAUUCUUUUGAAAAAAAGGAUCACAAGUCUAGGUAUCUCCAUAGACCAUAGUGCUAAGCUUUAGAACUGUAUAAUUUUGUUUUCCUUUUUUCCAUCUUAUAGAACUCUUCAUUUUGUUGUUGUUCCGGAUGAAAGAAAUACAGAGUCUGAUUCAGACAAAUCAAGCUUCAAUUCUCAAUACUCAAUAAUGUCUGAUUCAUAUGUUCUUUGUUAUGAAUGGAAUGCAAGAAGAUAAGUUUUAAAGAA